GGUUCGACGAGAGCGCCGCGUUUCAUUCAAUUGUGAUAUUGCUGAAGUGAAGUGUUGAGUUUUGCGUUGUGAUUAUUUGCUAAAAUUUCGUAAAUUGUGCUUAAAUUAUCAAGGAUUAAAGUUUCUCUAAUACAAUACAAAUCAAAAUGGGCAAAGACUACUAUAAAAUAUUGGGAAUAACAAAAGGUGCUUCGGACGAUGACAUCAAGAAAGCCUACAGAAAAUUGGCAUUAAAGUACCACCCGGACAAGAACAAGGCUGCGGGCGCAGAGGAAAGGUUUAAAGAAGUGGCAGAAGCUUAUGAGGUUUUAUCGGACAAGAAGAAAAGAGAAAUUUAUGAUGCGCACGGCGAAGAAGGCCUAAAGGGUGGUAUGGGCGGGCAGAAUGGUCCUGGUGGCGGUCAAUCAUUUUCCUACACGUUCCACGGCGACCCGAAAGCGACGUUCGCGCAGUUCUUUGGUUCGGCCAGCCCGUUCCAGGCAUUCUUCGAUCUGAAUGGAGGUGGAACUACAAUGUUCUUCGACCGCGACAUGGAUGUGGAUAUGGAUCCUUUCAGUAACAUGGGCAUGGGGCAGGCGCGACCAGGUGGCCCCGGUGGUGCUUUCCGCAGUCACAGCUUUAAUUUCCAUGGUUCACCUAGUAGGAAGGAGAAGACGCAGGACCCACCCAUCGAACACGAUUUAUACGUAUCAUUAGAAGAUAUCGCCCGUGGUUGUGUCAAGAAGAUGAAGAUAUCGCGACGUGUAAUACAGCAAGAUGGUACCUCGAAGAAGGAAGACAAGGUGUUGACCAUACACGUGAAGCCUGGCUGGAAAGCUGGAACUAAGAUUACCUUCCAGAAAGAAGGUGAUCGAGGUCGUAAUAAAAUCCCAGCAGACAUAGUGUUUAUCAUCCGAGAUAAGGCACAUCCACUAUUCAAGCGAGAAGGCAGUGACAUAAGAUACACAGCUAAAAUCUCACUCAAACAGGCACUCUGUGGCACAACCAUUGAAGUACCAACUAUGUCUGGAGAAAAGUUAACAGUCAAUUUACAUGGUGAAAUAGUAAAACCUCACACAGUCAAAAGGUUCCCAGGUUAUGGACUACCGUUCCCCAAGGAACCCACAAGAAAGGGUGACCUGCUUGUAGCAUUUGACAUCAAGUUUCCUGAGCGCUUAACCACAGGAGUCAAAGAAAUAUUAAUGGACACUUUACCUAAUUAAAAUAUUUUGGAUCUCCUUUGGAUCAGAUUUAAGUAUAUAAUGUCAAUUCUGAUAGCAACAGCUCGAGGGAUUGACAAAUUGAUCUGUCAAAACCGUGCUGAUCAGGCCUUCAGUAUGUGUUUGCUUGGUCAAAAGGAGGAAGAGUUUCUUGAGUUUUGGCGAACCAGAAUCUUUAUAUACUCAAACCUAAACUGAGACUGGACAUUUUAGGGCUUCUAGAACAUUGUGUAUCAUGUUGCUGCCAAUUGUUUUGUAAUGAGUGAAUGGAUCAGUAUAAUUUGGUAAAUUACAUUGUUCUUCGUGCGUUCUAGUACGACGAACGGGUGUGUCUGUGAAUGUGUUUAUUUAAUACAAUAAGUUGUAAAUAUUUUCUACAAAUGUGUAAAUACAUGGCAGGCAGUAAUUGUAAGUUUUGGGUUUUUGAAGAACUUUAAAAUGACAAUUGUGUAGAGCGAUGUGUCUUUAAAAUGAGUCUUGGUUUUCAAAUUGAUUUUGUGUCUUAAACUAAAGACUGUUAUUAUUGCAUAAGCCCCAGUCAAAUGUUUCAUUUGUAUGAAAUAUUUUGACAUAGUCACGAUUCAUGCUGGAACACCAACAUUCUAUUUUUCGGAUUGAGAAUUAUUUAUAUUGAUUGUACUGUUUAUUGUAGUGACUUGAAAGAGAAAACUUAUCACUUAUAAUUGCUGUUCAAUGACUAAUAAAUGAAGUUCAA